UUCAAUUUGGGGCUUAAUUGAGCCGAAUUCUUAAUCUCAAACUUUAGAGCAUCUUUGGAGUUGUAGCGCCAGGUUGUUUCUAGGCUUUCUCGAGGACGGCGGGUGGAGCUGAGAGAGGGGCGGCAGAGCGAGCAUGUCGUCGUCCAAGCGUCAGGGGCCUCCCAAGCACCAGAACAAAUACGCAUGGAAGCCCAACGCCGGCUGCAAGAUCAACGAAUCGGAACUAGGGGGAAAGCUCCGACCUUUCUCUUCCAUAAGCGGAGUUUGCCCACGGUGCAAAGAGCAAAUCGAUUGGAAACGAAGAUACGGAAAGUAUAAACCUAUAUUGGAGCCUGCCAAAUGCCAGAAGUGCGGGAAACGAUCAGUUCGGCAGGCUUACCAUAAUAUUUGCUCCUCAUGCUCAAAGGAUCAUGGUAUAUGCGCAAAGUGUUGCUGUCGCACUGAUGAUAUUGUUGGAAGGGACGUUUCUGAGUUGGAGUCUGAGCGCAAGGCACUUGAGGAGGCCAUUCAAAAUGCCCGGGAAAGAGAUAGAAGGACACUUCUUCGUGCUAUGGACAAAAAGAGGCCUGGAACAAGUCCAGCAGUUCCUAAAAUUGGAGAUAGAAGCAGAGAGGGAGAUCUAUUUCCGGCUAAAACUCUAGAUGAAUAUGCUGCCAGUGCAGGACUCCGUGACAAUGAUAAGCAUGAUGAAGACCACACUGAUGAGGAAGGAGAAGAAGAAGAACAGGAGGAGGAGGAGGAGGAAGGCAAUGAGGAAGAUCUUGACAAAGAAGAUAAGCUGUUUACCCUUGGGAAGAAGACGGAAGCGAAAAGAGACAAUGAAACAGGAGCGAGGAGGCCACCUGUGCCAUUAUUGGCAGUCUGUCAUCGACAUCAUUGCCGUCGGCGUUUCUUCUCGUCACCUGCUCGCUCGCUCGCUCGCUCGAAUUGCAGCAGUUCACAGGUAAUGUCUGUUCGCAUGAAUUGUCACUCACGAGUAAUGGCUGCUUGCAUUGCUCUCCUUUGCCUUUGCAGGUGCAGGCAUUGGGGCCCGGCCAAAGAGGUUCCCAUAGAUGGGACGCUAAGAUGUUGGAUCAGGUGUAUCUUUCCAAUGGGAGGUAAUCAUAUAUAAUAUAUAAUCAAAUCU